UCACGCACGUGUUUGGCAGCGUCUCUCCUCUUCACAGCCUUCAUGGCACCUUUCCGACUCCGGCUCUUCCUCCACCUCUCCGGCCACUCUCUAACACUCUGGCCCCUCUCUCUCUCUCUCUCUCUCUCUCGCUCGCUCGCUCUCGCGUCUCCAAAUCCUGGAAGAACGCCAGAGUUCUGGAUAUCGCUCUUUCCCGAAUCCCUAGCCAAUCAUGGGUUCCGACGCGGACAUGGAGGAUUAUGGGUUCGAGUACUCGGAUGAUGAACCCGAGGAGCAGGACGUCGAUAUAGAGAACCAGUAUUACAACUCUAAAGGUUUAGUAGUAACAGAUCCAGAGGGAGCACUUGCUGGUUUUGCUGAAGUAGUUCACAUGGAACCUGAGCAAGCAGAAUGGGAAUUCAAAGCUCUAAAGCAGACUGUUAAGCUCUACUAUCGACUGGGGGGGUAUAAAGAGAUGAUGGAAGCAUACAGCGUGAUGUUGAUGUACAUCAAAUCAGCUGUUACACGUAACUACAGUGAAAAAUGCAUAAACAACAUAAUGGAUUUUGUUUCUGGCUCAGCAAGCCAGAAUUUGAGUCUUCUACAGGAGUUCUAUCAGACUACAUUGAAGGCUCUUGAAGAGAGAUUAUGGUUUAAGAUGAAUCUGAAACUUUGCAAGAUUUGGUUUGAUAUGGGUGAAUAUGGAUGGAUGAGCAUGUUAUUGAAAGAACUUCACAAAUCUUGUCAAAAAGAGGAUGGCACUGAUGAUCAGAAGAAAGGAACUCAGCUUCUGGAAGUCUAUGCUAUUGAGAUUCAGAUGUACACUGAAACAAAAAACAAUGAAAAACUCAAGGUGUUGCCACUAAGAUCUGGCCCGACCCAGGUGUAGAACUAACGGGAUUGUUGGAGAGUUUGUGGUACAUCUCCGAGGCAAGGGUGGAGAUGGUUGUGUUCAAAUGGUGGCUCUAACUUCAGAUCCAACUUGAAACACCCCAGACAAAGAAUGCCCAUUUGUUGGAGAGUAUCUGAUAGGGGAUCCUUUCAUACCUAAGUUAGACUCAACUCUUACGAAGCAAGCGGCAGCAUAAGAGAACAUAAGAGCACUUAGAAAACUUAUUUGGAGGCUCUCUUGGGUGUGGUUUAUAUGGGUGAUGGCUGACACUUGUCGCCGAACAAAUCGGGCACAUGCAUCAACUAUUUUUGGUAAUAGAUUCCGUGCCUCACUUGAAGAUCA